UUGCUCGGAGGAAAGUUUUGCAGACUUGGGACACUCGCGCACACUCACGCCCUCUGGCUCAGUGUGUGAGGUGCCACAUCGAAACGGAACAUAAGUGUCGGAAAGUGCGCAUCAUGCUGCUGAUCCUGCUGCAGUUGUUGGUUUUCGCGUCUUGUGCUCCUCCACGAUGCGACCCGAACUUUCGAGGACUGUGCAAGCCAAUAAUAGAAGAAAAACCCAAAUGCACAGAUCUAAUGCUGUCCUACUGCGAUGACAUGUCCUACGCUCAAACCAUGUUCCCAAACAUCCUCGGUCACAAGACUCGUGAGGAUGCUGAAGCUGGCGCUGAGUACCUCCUCAUCAGCGUGGCUGAAUCUCUGCUGGGCGGAGAGUGUAACCCGGAGAUUCGCAUGCUGGGCUGCUCGGUGUUGGCCCCACGCUGUGAGAAGGAGAAGGUGCUGAAGCCGUGCCGCAGCACGUGUGAAGCCGUGCGCAGAAGAUGCAGUCGCACUUUUGACAAGAUACAGAUGGCCUGGCCCUACUUCCUCGACUGCGAUCGCUUCUUUGUCAGUGACCAAGAGGGAUGUUAUGACCCGCUGGAGGGCCUCAGAGGGCAGGAGGAAGAAGAAGCUGCUGACGCCAUGGAUAUUCUACUCACUGCGGACUCCCCUGACACUUUGCAGUUCACCUAUCAUUCCAACACUGACCUGAUCAGUGUCUUAAAGAAUACCGAGGAGCAGUGCUCCGGCAUAGCCCGGACCUACAGCAUAGGUCGCAGUAUGGAGGGCAGAGAGCUGCUCGUGAUCGAGUUCUCUAACAAUCCCGGAGAGCACGAACUACUUGAGCCGGAGGUAAAGUAUAUUGGGAACGUGCACGGAAAUGAAGUCCUUGGCCGCCAACUACUCAUCUACUUGGCUCAGCACUUGUGCUCAGAGUAUUUGCUCGGCAACGAGCGAAUCCAGACUCUAAUCAACACCACCCGCAUCCACAUUCUGCCCUCCAUGAACCCCGAUGGGUAUGAGAUGGCUGUUUCUGGAGUCAGUGACAAUAACUACGAUUUUGAGCAGGAGGAUCAAAGAUAUGAUUCUUUGAACAUCGGCCGAAAUAACGCCCAGAACAUCGACCUGAACAGAAACUUCCCCGACCUGACCUCCAUCGUUUACAGCAGACGCAGACUAAAGGGCUACCGCACCGACCACAUCCCAAUCCCAGACUAUUACUGGUUUGGUAAGGUUGCACCGGAGACCUACGCUGUCAUGAAGUGGGUCCGCUCCAUCCCGUUUGUGCUCUCCGCUAACUUCCACGGUGGAGACUUGGUGGUGUCUUACCCUUAUGAUCUGUCCAAACACCCGCUGGGAGGCGACAUGUUCUGCCCAACCCCAGAUGAUAAGGUUUUCAAAUUUAUCGCAGCAACUUAUGCAAACGCCCACGAAACCAUGUCCAAUGAAAACGCACGCUGUGGAUCGUCUCGUUCUCACAGCCAGAAAGGGAUCGUUAAUGGAGCUCAGUGGUCCAGCUUGGCAGGCGGAAUGCAAGACUUCAACUAUCUCCACACCAACUGCUUUGAGGUGACUGUGAAUGUGGGGUGUGACAGAUUUCCCCCUGAAGAGGAACUGGCCUUUGCCUGGCAUGAAAACCAAGAAUCUUUGCUCUCAUUUAUGGAGGCAGCCCAUCGCGGCAUCAAAGGGAUUGUAAAAGAUGACGAGGGAAAUGCUAUAAAAGGUGCCAGGAUAUCUGUCAGAGGGAUACAGCACGACAUUACAACAGCUGAAAAUGGAGACUACUGGCGCCUCCUCACUCCUGGCAUCCACAUAGUCUCCGCCUCUGCGCGAGGUUACACCAGAGCCACGAAGAAAAUCCAGCUGCCCUCUCGCAUGAAGACUGCAGGCCGGGUGGACUUUGUGUUGCAGAAAGCGCCUGUGGACUCUGACGCACAGGAAGAGGACGACGCCAUCUCGUCCAUGGGCACCUACGACAAGUUUGACCCUUACAACCAGUACCAGCGCUACACCCAGAUGGCUGAUUUGAGCCAGAACCGAGAGGAGAGAGCAGAGAAGCCCUGGUGGUGGAAUUACUUUACUUUGCCUGGAGUACCUGCCCCCACCUGGCUGCUGAAGCACUAUUAGAGCUUUAACAAGAGAAGCAAGAAAUGAGUCUGUCUUUCUACAUUAAGCAGAAAAACAUGGAAGUGUUACUUUUUACUGACGCUACUCCCGCUUCACAAUUUUGCCUUUAUGUGCUGUGUCUGAAGCCCAAACCUGAAUUAUAAUGUAAGCACCUUACAAGCUUUUGCCUGGACAGUAACAUAACUUUAGUUAAUGGCCAUGAUUGAAUAAAAAACACGUUAAAAGAUUUGACCUGCAGUUUUAUAGCAUAUUUCACCAGAACUAUGGAUGUUUUUCAUGAAUUAUUGGGGUAUUUAGACCUGACCCCUGACUACUUACAAUUACCAAACACAAUGUUUCUGAUGGCCACUAGGGGGCAAGCUAUACCAACAUCUGGCUGAAGUUGGUUACUCAUCACAGUGUGCAAUUUGUGAAAUUGGCGUAAAUAGACAUGUCAUUGAGAGUAAAUAGUUUUGCAUUCAUUUCUCUCAUUAGUGAGCCUAAGGAAGAAUUUGGUUUGUGAUAUAAUCUGUUAUUUAAGCGAUUAUAAAAAGAAGUAGUUUUCAACUUUUAUCAUUUUUUUAAUGCUAUUUAGAUUUCAUGAGUCAUGAUUCAAAUUCAAAAAACACUUUAUUUAUUCCCCAAGAGGCAAUUAAAAACACCAACAGAGCAUCAAACAAACAUAAACAUGAAAGCAUCAGUAUAACUGACCGAUCACAGUUCAGGUACACUGAGCAGGUCAAUCAUAAAAUAUAUUUUAUAAUUAUAUUAUUACUGUAUUACUCCUAAAAUGCAUUUUUAACCUAAAACCCCUCCACAUGUAGACAUGCAAUAAUCUGUAUGUCCACCAAAGAGUGACUGGCCUUCAUUGCUGAAUAAUUGUUAGACACUUGAUGAAGUUAUAUUCUCCACUUUUCCCACAGAAAAUAAACCAAACUUCUUGGAGGGAUCCUGA